CAUUCCAAAAAUAAAUUAAAAAACCGGUCACCCCUCUUUCUCUCUCCUCCCCACCUCCUCCUCUCUAUCUCUCUCCAAAGAAUCAAAAAUCAAAAAUCAAAAUCAUCCAAAGUUCUUAAAAAAAAAAAAACACAAAAUUCACAAAAAAAUUCCUUCAAAUAUAUCCUUUUCACCCAAACUCACGCUUCCUCUUCCUUAAAAUUCCAUACAAAAAACAAUUCCUCCAUUAAUGCCAUCCUUUGUGUAAAUUUUUGGCGGUGAGUUUAAAAAAAAACAAAAAAAUGGGGCAACAAUCGUUGAUCUACAGCUUCGUUGCGCGCGGGACGGUGAUUCUGGCGGAAUUUACCGAAUUUACGGGGAAUUUCACAUCGGUUGCUACACAAUGUUUGCAGAAAUUACCUUCUUCUAGCAGCAAAUUUACCUACAAUUGUGACGGCCAUACUUUCAAUUAUCUCGUCGACAAUGGCUUCACUUACUGUGUUGUUGCAGUUGAGUCUGCGGGCAGACAGGUUCCAAUUGCUUUUCUGGAGAAAGUAAAGGAUGAAUUUUCCAAGAAAUAUGGUGGGGGAAAAGCUGCAACGGCUUCUGCUAAAGGCCUAAACAAAGAAUUCGGACCUAAGUUGAAGGAGCAGAUGCAAUACUGUGUUGAUCACCCGGAGGAGAUAAACAAGCUUGCAAAAGUGAAAGCCCAGGUGUCAGAAGUCAAAGGAGUAAUGAUGGAGAAUAUUGAGAAGGUUCUUGACAGAGGUGAAAAAAUCGAGCUCUUGGUGGACAAAACAGAGAACCUUCGUUCUCAGGCACAAGAUUUCAGGACCCAAGGUACCAAGAUAAGGAGAAAGAUGUGGUGGGAAAACAUGAAGAUAAAGCUGAUAGUUUUAGCUAUUAUUGUGGCAUUGAUUCUCAUCCUAAUCUUGUCCAUUUGUGGCGGCUUCAAGUGCACCCAUAAGUAAACUAGAUCUAUACGCUUAUGUAACUAGAGUUCCAUCAUCUAUGCUUUAUGAUGGAUUUUCAGACAAUUUUGUACAGUUUUGUACCUAAUCCUGUUUACAGUAGUAGGAUGUUAUCCAGAACUUGGUCAUAGAAAUGGUUGAUUCCUAUUUUGUCCA